UCAUUUUCCCAUUCAUCUUGUUGUUUCAAUUGCGCCGUUAUGAUCAUCGUGAUGCUGCAAGGAUCUCAUCUCUCGUCUCAACAUGCGAAGCGCCUUUUGGAUCCUUGCGAUCGCGAGCACUCCGGCUUGCGCACUAUGGAAAGACCCUGAAGGCUGGAAAGCUUUUCACGAUGGCCGUGAUCUCCAUCACUUCGUCACGCGGCCAGAGCUGAAAGCCCCGAGAUACAUGGUCGUCAAACACCACCCGGAAGCGAUUGCGGAUGGGUAUUGGUUCGUCACGCCUUACACAAGACUCGGUCUGCCUCCGUCGACGGAGCAAAAGGACUACAUUCCGUGCAUGAACGGCGCGCACAUCUACGAUGGGGACGGCAAUCUGGUCUGGAGCGGAGCGUGCAAGUACGAUAAUCGCAUCAUCUUCAACUUCCGCCCGGUGCAUAUCAAUGGCACCGAUCUGCUCACCUUCUACUUGCCCGGCGAGGAACAUGGCUUCAAUCUCUCUCCCGCCGAUCGGAUGCCCACGGGGGUAUUGAUGGAUGAUCACUAUGAGGAAGUCAGUCGAAUUGGUGCCAAAGACUAUCUGAUGGACGGACAUGAGUUCAACUUCAUGCCAGACGGCCGAUCAGUCUUGCUCACCACUCUCAAAGGCCUUGACACCGAUGCAUCAAUGAUCGGCCAGAAAACCCGCAAAGUGAUGAAUACCGGCUUCCAGGAAAUCGAAUUGAACACGGGGGAUCUUCGCUUUGACUGGGACCCAAUAUCCCACGGUAUUCUGCUGAACGAGAGCUGCGACACCACCGGCAUUGCCAACCACGGGAAGGAUACCGGCAGCUGGGAUUUCUUCCACAUCAACGCGGCAGACAAGUUUGCCAACGGCGACUACUUGAUCUCCGCGCGACAUAUGAGCACUCUCUAUCGCGUAUCGAAGGUCGACGGCCACGUAAUCUGGAGACUGGGAGGGUGUCACAACACCUCCGACUUCCUCCUUGAAGAAGGCCUACCCUUCUUCUGGCAGCACCAUUCGCGCAUACGCUUCGAAAAUACAACGCACAUCAUCCUGUCGGUGUUCGACAACGCAAGCGAGGACAAAGAUCGCGGCGAACCUUUCGGCCAGAAUCCGCCUAUCGGAAAGAUAAUCAUAUUGGAUACUGCAAGUACUCCCAUGACCGCCAAAAUGCUCCGCCGCUUCGAUCGUCCUGAUUACGGGCAAACGGCAGCUCUGGGCAGCGUUUCGCUCCUUGGUGAUAAGCCGCCCGAAACAGCCAAUGUCUUCAUCGACUGGGCCUUCGAAGGCUACAUCAGCGAAUACGACUACAAAGACGGGCUGAACCGGCUAAUCAUGGAGGCGAGAUUCGUCUCGGAUCGCAAACGCUCGUAUCGCGCGUACAAAUUCCCCUUCAAAGCUGCGCCAACCGAGCCACCAGUCCUUACCAUCCUGCCCCUCGGCAUCGGGCAGGACAAAAUCGCCACUGCAUUCUACGUCAGCUGGAACGGAGCGACGGAAGUACGCUCCUGGGCCUUCUACAGCGGCGACAGCCCGAAUGUGGCAUCCAUGCGGAAACUGGCGACCGUCAAGAAGCGCGGCUUCGAAACGCAAUGGGUGAUCCCGACCCUCGUGCGAUAUGCGUAUGCAGUCGCCCUCGAUGCUGACGGCCAGCCGCUGGGCGAAUCCGUCGUGACGAGCAUCACGCCCGCCGCGAGCGACGAAAAGUACACCCUGCCGUAUCCCGCUCUCCAAGGGAUGAGUCUAGACCGCACGCCAGCGGACCGCCUCGUGCCACCGGUGCACAACAAGCACAAGUCGGCAGGCGAAGACAGCAGCGUAGCACAAGAGAAAGAAGCCGCCAAGCCUUUACUACCACCACCCACGCUUCAGCUCUCGGAGGCCCAACACGCAGGCAUGCUGGCUCCCGACGCUGCCAAGGAGCAGGUGUUGCCGUCUUUGAGCGAGCGUGCGCUGGCCGUCGCUAAUUUUGCUACGCUGGUUGUGGAUGCUUUUGCGCUUCUGGGGCUGUGCUUGACGGUGCGCGGGCUGCUGCAGCGAUUUCAUUACCGGCACCGCUUGGCAUCGUUGGCGUCUGUGUCUUCGGAGACGCCUUUGUUGACUGAAGACUGAUUGGUGCCAGGAGAUGGGGUGUUGCUUCGCGUUGGUACUCGUUGAUCUGUCUGUGGAAUUCAACCAUCUUUACGAUCCUACGAGCUCAAGUCAUUAUGUGAAGAUCACGGGCGGCCCGUAUGCAGCACCACCCACGUGAAACUUGCUCACAGCGCCAAAAUAACCUCAAACCCGAACAUCUCAUGGCCCUGAUAGAAUGCUGAUAUUCGCCAUCCCUGGCAAUGCGGAAAGCCGGUGCGCAAGCACAAGUACGUGUGCUAGCGCCUUCGGAUAUAGAUGCCACGCUCUGUGAGGAGAUUGGGAGAUGGAGAUUCGUACGACCGGGAGGAGUACUGACGU